AUGGCGCAACCUGCAUCAGAUAGUAGCACAACCACUUCCGGUGCAGUGACCCUGGACGGAACCAAGAGCAGUGCCAUUUCCAGUACUAGCACGAGAAGUGUCAAUAUCCCAUCUAAUGCGUCUUUAACAUCUAUGAACUCGACAACUUCAACUACUGUCUCUGCUACUAAUACCUGGUUCCAGUACUCGAUAAGCACACCCGGCUCCGAAACCACACCUGCUUCUGGAACAUCAAUGUCUCCUGCCUCUAGUACCAACUCAGAUCCUGACUUUGUUUCCACCACGUUAUUCCCUAUUCUCAUGACAUCUAGUUCUCCUACCUAUUCGGAACCAGCCACUUUCUUUACAAGUCUCCUAUCAACGACGACGUUGUACUCUGAGUCAUCCACACUCGACGGUAGGACUACGUCCUCAUCGACUAUAUCCUCCCUCAGAGCCACCGCUACUUCGAUAUCAAGUAGCACACCCUUUCGAGGAACGCUGGCAGAUACGAUAGGCGAGUCGACGACCACCGGAGAGACGCUCACACCAAGCCUGAGCAGCACUACUACCAUGGCAAUUGUCGCAGAUGACACCAGUUCAACGUUUGUCGGCGCAUCCACCGAGACAUCCCCUACAGUGUCCAGUACUGGUAGCAGUGCGUUGGCCUCCUCUGCUAUCGCACCCGUUCUGGCGAGCUCUUCUGAGACUUCCGAAAAGGACUUCAGCACAAAAGGUCUCUUGACAAGUUCUGAGGUAUCUUCUGCCCGGAUCUCAAGUACUGCGACUGUCGCGACGUCUGCAACCGUGACGAGCAUAGGCAUUACAACGAGCGAGUCGAUACCACCGUCUGCUGCCCAGACCACUAAUAGCGCAAAUCCAUCUUUUGAGCUGCCUUUUGCCACAGCUAGCACGGUUAGUCCACUACUCGCGCUGGUGCAACUCUCAUCGACAGACUUUGGGGGUGCAAACAUAGGCCCUUAUGAGAUCGCCACCUCUCCAGGACCACCGGCCACUGCUGACCCCACGAUGCUCUUGACCACCACAUUUGCGCCUGAGAUGAUAAUGGCUACCACCGCGAACCCUGCUAUCCUUGAUAUGACGUUGUCAGUUGAAUCUUUACCAAUUGAAACCACAACUGAGCUGAUGGCUUUGGAGAAGGUGCGACGGGGUGUACAAUACAACGGGCGAUAUCGCCACGUUGGCGGACCACACUAA